AUGGACAGCCCCGAGGUCACCUUCACGCUGGCCUACGUGGUGUUCGCCGUGUGCUUCGUGUUCACCCCCACCGAGUUCCACUCUGCCGGGCUCACGGUGCAGAACCUGCUGUCGGGCUGGCUGGGCAGCGAGGACGCCGCCUUCGUGCCCUAUCACCUGCGCCGCACGGCCGCCACGCUGCUGUGCCACUCGCUGUUGCCGCUGGGCUACUACGUGGGCAUGUGCUUCGCAGCCUCAGAAAAGCGGCUCUACUUCCCCAGCCAGGCCCCGGAGACCUGGCGGGUCUUUCUCCUGCUGGCAUUGACACUGCCCGCCAUCGCCUGCGCCCUGAUCUACUAUUGGUCCCGGGACCGGUGGGCCCACCACCCACUGGCCCGCACCCUGGCCCGCUACGCCCUCCCGCAGUCAGGCUGGCGGGCCGUCGCUUCCUCCGUGGACACCGAGUUCCGGCGGAUCGACAAGUUUGCCACGGGGGCGCCGGGUGCCCGUGUGAUCGUGACGGACACGUGGGUGCUGAAGGUGACCACGUACCGUGUGCGCGUGGCCCAGCAGCAGGACGUGCACCUGACCGUGACGGAGUCCCAGCAGCGCGACCUCUCCCCAGACUCGAACCUGCCCGUACAGCUCCUCACCAUCCGCGUGGCCAGUGCCGACCCUGCCGUGCCGGCUUUCGACAUCCGGCUGCACUCCACGGAGUACGGUGAGCUGUGUGAGAAGCUCCGGGCACCCAUCCGCAGUGCGGCCGACGUGGUCAUCCACCAGAGCUUGGGCGACCUGUUCCUGGAGACCUUCGCCUCCUUGGUGGAGGUCAAUCCGGCCUACUCGGUCCCCAGCAGCCAGGACCUGGAGGCGUGCAUCGGCUGCAUGCAGACCCGGGCCAGCGUGAGGCUGGUGAAGACCUGCCAGGAGGCGGACGAGGGCGAGUGCCAGCAGUGCUGUUGCCGCCCCAUGUGGUGUCUCACCUGCAUGGGCAAGUGGUUCGCCAGCCGCCAGGACCCGCAGCGCCCCGACACCUGGCUGGCCAGCCGUGUGCCCUGCCCCACCUGCCGUGCGCGCUUCUGCAUCCUGGACGUGUGUGCCGUGCGCUGAGCCCGCCAGAGGGACCCCGCCACUGCCUUGGGGAGUAGUUGGGCCUCUGGGCCCUGGUUUGGGCUGUCAUGGGUGGCUCAUCCCCGUGUGGCGACUCACCGCUGCAGAAGGGCUGAGGCUGCAGUAGGGCUGGGGUUUUGUUUUAAAAAGAAGUUUUCUGUUGAAGUUCUGUCUGCAGCAGCGGGAUGGGUCUUCAGUGCCUUUGUCUCCCCCACUCUUCGUGCUUCCGAUUAGGGGUAGAUGCUGGGCACACAGAACGUGGUGUCGGGUCCAUCUCCAGAGCAUUCUGGGGCCCCCUGAGCUGUGUUCUGGGAGACCCCGUCGUCUGCCCCAGAUGGCCCUAACUUAAGCCACUUGCCUUAAACGUAUGGGGCACAUAAACCUUAACUGCUUGUCAGUUACACGACAGACUCGGAUUUGCCCGAGCUGCAGUCUGUCCUACUCCUGUCCCCAAGCCAGCUGCUGGCCCUGUGGCAUCGGCACCCUCCACUCCCCCCACGGAGGCUGCUCUGAGGAACUGGCGCAGAGCUCAUUGGUGGAGGGUGAGAGCACUGCCCAGGGGCUCCUGGUGAUUGUGGGCAGCCAAGGGCCCACUCCUGGUGGGGGGGGUGGCCCCUGCCUGCUCCCUGCCCAGGGACACCCUGGGCUUCCCAUCGGGGGCUGGCUGCUUCCAGCUGCCAUUCUGCAGCCCGUGCUUGUGGGGGCUGCCCCGUCCCUGGGAGGGGCUUGUAACCACGUGCCUGC